GGGUCAAGAUUUGAAGCAACGGCAAAACACUGUAGCCCAAAAUCGCGAGCCUGAGUGAGAAUAGACCAAAUUGCGAGUCUGAGGGAGAAGAGAAAUAGACCCAAAAAGAACGCGGGAAAACGCCGGCGUAGUGAAUGAGUGAGCGCCAUGCCGGAGCUUCCAGAAGUCGAGGCGGCGAGGAGAGCCGUUCACGAGAACUGCGUCGGAAAGAAGAUAACAAAGUGCGUCAUCGCCGAUGAUUCCAAAGUCAUCGACGCCGUCUCUCGCUCCGAAUUCGAAGCUUCCGUCCUCGGCAAGCUCAUCGUCGCUGCUCACCGCAAGGGAAAGAACAUGUGGCUUCAGCUCGAUUCUCCUCCUUUUCCUUCCUUCCAAUUCGGCAUGGCUGGUGCAAUAUACAUUAAGGGGGUUGCGGUGACACAGUAUAAAAGGUCUGCUGUAAAGGACGAGGAUGAGUGGCCCUCAAAGUAUUCAAAAUUUUUCAUUGAGUUAGAUGAUGGUCUGGAGUUGUCUUUCACUGACAAAAGACGAUUUGCUAAAGUUCGCUUGCUCAAAGAUCCAACAUCAGUGCCUCCCAUAUCGGAGCUUGGUCCUGAUGCACUUUUGGAACCUAUGGCACUUGAGGAGUUUACUAAGUCUUUGCACAAGAAGAAAACUGAAAUCAAGGCUUUAUUACUCGAUCAAAGCUAUAUUUCAGGUAUUGGAAACUGGGUGGCAGAUGAAGUGCUAUACCAAGCAAGAAUUCAUCCACGACAGGUAGCUUCUAGCCUGUCUGAUGAAAACUGCUCAACUUUGUAUAACUGCAUCAAAGAGGUUAUUCAAUUGGCUGUUGAAGUUGAUGCUGACUGUAGCCGUUUUCCUCUUGAAUGGUUAUUUCAUUUUCGAUGGGGAAAAAGGCCUGGAAAAAUAACAAUUGAAGUUGGAGCAGAUAGUAGUCAGUAUCCCACCUAUUGGAUAUUUCGUUCACGUGAAAAGAAACAGGACAAGGCUUUUGUUGAUGGGAAAAAAAUUGACUUCAUUACAGCUGGUGGCAGGACAACUGCUUAUGUGCCAGAGUUGCAAAAGCUUAGUGGAUCUCUAGAUGUAAAAGAAACUGGUAAGCCUAAAAGGCAAUCCUCAAAGAAAGUAAGUGUAGAGAAUAACAAUGAUGACACUGAGAAACAAACAAAUGGGGAAGAGGGGAAUUUGGGAAGUCUAAAAUCGAAGAAGGGGACGAAGGCUGGAGCUAGAGGUAGGAGGCCUUCAAAAAAGAAAAAGUCAGGGGAAAGUGAUGAAGACAAUGAUAAUGAUGCUGGUACCGAGUAUGAUAGUGAUGAAUUUGAAAGGAAUCCAGGUAAGGCGACUAAUAGGAAACAAGCUGGGGGAGAGAAGCAAACAAAUAAAAGAGUUCAAAGCAAUCAUACUAGUAGGAGUUCUAAAAGGAAAGCUAAGUAACUACUAUGGGGUUUGCAUAGUUUUGUCAUGUGCUAUGUUCGCACUAGAACAACAGAAGGAUUGUUUAUUAUGUGCCUGCAACGUAGGUUUGCUGUUUAACAAGUUGUCUUUAUGAUCUGUUGGUUGGCUUGCGCUUCCACAAAUUAUGUAUGGUAAUUUAAUUUCCACAUGUUAAGCAGACAAAUAGAAGGCAAGAAUAGGAGUAGGACGCCUUCAGUUUUUGUGACUAUUGUUAAUGCUCACUUGGUGUUAUGACUCAAGAUGUAAUUUCUGUUUUACAUUUUCAUCUUUACGAUCAA